AUGCGCCUUACACCGUCGACCACUAGCUUCAGUCCAUCUUUUUUGUCUCUGUUGACGAUUCAUUACUACGUCGAGGGCCGGCGACGUGCCAGACCAUUUCGACGUGCCACUGUUUCUUUUUUUGUUGUUUUGUUGCCGACCGCCCAUGUCCAGCGUCGCUUUUCCGCUCCAUCGCAACACCACGUCAAGCGUUUCUGCGGAAGUAUGUUUCACAGAGCUUCACCCCGUCGGUAUCUGGGCCAUCAAUCUGCUGCUGCUUUCCUCAACGUGUUGCUGUACAAGCUUCCUUUCGCUCGCCUUGAUUCUCGUUACAGUAGGCCUCGCCGUGGCUCCAGCAAAGCUGCUGCUCUCUUCUCGAUCUUCCCGCGUGUGCGGCUGCCUCCGACUCCGCCCACCUUUCGUCGAACCUACCAAUGA